UAUUAUUCUCAUCGUUAAUGAAGAAAAUAAGUUCGCAGAUUCAAUCGCUUAUGAAUAGAAAUAGCUUUUAAGAACCUUCAUUAAGCAACGAUAUUAAAUCUUCAAGAAGCAAUGUUAAAACCGCAAAGACAGAAAGACCUUAAUCCAAAACUAAAAAAAAUGACCUAUUAGAUUAUUUUAAAAAGGAAAGAAAUACGAUUACGCAAAUGGUUCACUCAGUAAGAAAUACUUUACAAGGAAGCAAAAGCAUUGAUAUUUUACAUUCUUAAAGUUAGAAAAGCGAGCGUUUGAAAAAUGGAUAAUUAAAUGUAUUUAUUCUUCUGAAAAUUCUAGUAUGUGGAUUUGAAUGUUUAGCCAGAAGAGGGCAAUAAUACGAAAAGGUAAAUACUCAAAUAAAAAAAUUUAUCUCUUGCCAUAAUUUCAUUAGAAGUAUGCUUAAUGAAUUUAUUGUUUAUAGAAUCAGCUUUUAAAAUCGUCGCAAACUACUAAAUAAUCUUACAAUCAAUCCCCUUAAAAUUAAAUAAAAUCACCGAUAAUAAAAUAAAAAGAUUAAUAUUUAUUUGAUAUGCAAAUAGUAUAACUAUUGAAAUAAUAUAAUGUAGUUAAAAAACACCAAAACCUCCUAAGAUGAUUAUUAACAGAACUCUUAAAUAAAAUAAAAUAAAUAGUCAAUUCUAUCUGACGAUCCAUCAUAUCAUAGAUAAUCGAUAGAGGAUAUGCUCUACAAUAAAAAAUACUUUAAUCAAGUAUAAACAUAAAAACAUUUUCCUCAGAAACAAUGUGAGAAUGAAAAAGCUAAACCGCAUUAAAUUCAUUUUAAAACUGAAGCCUGUUCAUCCUAGGUUCAAUAAAAAUAAUAAAAUGCAGAUGAAACUUUGAAUUAUGACUAGGAGCAAUAGUUAAAGAUUAUCCUCUAUUAUAAACAAUCAAAGUACUCAACAUAAAUUAUUUAGAUAUCAUUAUUUAUUCAAAUAUUAAACUAAAACUACUGAUGAUCUCUUUAAUUAUUUAAUACAGUAAAUAGCCAGUAUUGAAAAAUAAUGUACAAAGUUAGGAGGAGGUACAGGCUCAACAGAUGGAGAUUCUAUUCAAUAAGGUAUUUAAAGAUGAAUAAUAUCAGAAUUAAAUAAAAUAUGUUAGUUCUAAACAGUAUCAAAGAAUGUGCCCUAUGAUUAUUACUUGACAUUAAAUGAGAUGACUUUGGAUGUCUUCAAAGGAAACACUCUACAAAUCUAGCCUUUGUAUUCCCAGCCUAUUUAAACUAAAAAGGUUGGAUUGAAAGAUUUUACACUAGUCAAAUGUAUAGGUGUUGGAGGAUUUUCAAGAGUGUAUAUGGUAAGAAAGAGAGACAAUGGCAAGUUUUAUGCGUUGAAACUUAUUGACAAAAAGUUUAUAUUUGAAAAUUCAAAAGAAAUCAUUGUAUAGAAUGAAAGAGAUAUCAUGACUAAAAUGAACAACCAAUUUGUAACACCAUUACAUUAUUCAUUUGAAACAAAAUACUAUAUAGCUUUUGUUUUAGAGUAUUGCGCUGGCGGUGAAUUAUUUUACCAUCUAAGAAAACUGAAGAGAUUAAAUGAACAAGAUGCUAAAAUCUAUUUUGCAGAAAUUUGUUUAGGAAUGGCUUAUUUGCAUUCUUAAAAUAUCGUUUAUAGAGACAUCAAACCUGAAAAUAUUCUCCUAGAUUUAUAAGGUCAUUUAUUGUUAAGUGAUUUCGGAUUAUCAAAACCAGAGAUGACACCAGAUGAUUUUGCUUAUUCAUUUUGUGGAUCACCUGAAUAUAUGGCUCCAGAGAUGCUCAUGAAAACAGGUCAUAAUUAUUUGGUUGAUUGUUAUUGUUUAGGAGCAUUACUCUAUGAAUUAGUUACUGGAUUGCCUCCAUUCUAUUCACAUAAUACCCAAGACAUUUAUAAUUCUAUUUUAACAGAAUAAAUUCAAUUUCCAAAUUACAUCCAGAUUUCUCCUCUUUUGAAAGACUUAAUUCAAUCCUUAUUGCAAAAGGUUCCUGAAGAUAGACUUGGACAUUACAAUGGAAUUAGUGAAAUCUUAAAUCAUAAGUGGUUCAAAGAUGUUGACUUUGAUGCAGUUUUCAAUAAAAAGGUUAAACCACCUUAUAAACCUUAUCCUCUGAAAUAUAAUUUUGAUGAAGAAGAAUUCAACAAGGGAGAUACUGAAUUUAGAAAGCAAUUUCAAAUCAAUUUACAAAAGGAAUUUCAAGUAUAAUAUGUUAUAAUUAAUCUAAGAAUGUUGACACUGCAAAUUAUCUAUUAGAUAACUUUUAUUACUCAAGGGAUAGUGUGUAUGGAUAAGAAAAAUCAAGAAGAACUAAUGUUCUCAAUUUGAAUCAGUUGUAAAAUUAAGCUCUUAUUGCUGAACCAUUUUCAAUUAAUCAGUAGACUAAGGUUCAAUCACCAUAGGCAGAAUCAAAUGAAUAAUUAUUUUCAUAAUCACCAGAGGAUUCAAAAAGAAUCUUUGGAACAAAGGGAAAAAGUGAUCUAUUUGAUAACUCAAAAAAACAAGAAACUAUGACUAAAUCAUCCUAACUUUAGCAUCAAACUGCUAAGCUAGGUCAUACCUAUUCAAAAACCAUGUAGCAAGCAUAAUCAUCGCUUUAGGAACUUAAAGUAUUAUAUAUAUGAAUAUUUUAUAGCAAAUAAAAUUAUUAAUUGAUCAAUCCAGAGCAUUAUAAACUUCAGAUAGAAUUACUACUAUGCCAGAUUAAAAUAACAAAAAAGCAACAGAAAGAGUUAAAACAGAAUAAUUUGGUACUUUAGCAUCUCCAAAAACAACUACUGCUAGUUCUUCUUUACAUAAAAUGAGUAACUUUUAAGCAUUAUUUGGAUCAGAAAAAAACAAGAAAAAAUUAUUUUGAUUAAUUAAAG